AUGGGUCUAUCAGAGCGCAAAGAGAAGCAACGGAUCAGCUAUGACCCCCGUAAUCUGUCCUGGUCGGACGACAAGGACCGCUUCUCGUACAAGCACAUGAAGGCCCUGGGAUGGACAGACGCCUCCGGGAUCGGUGGUGCCGCUCUGACCGGCAACGCCAAGCACAUUGCUGUCGUUCACAAGCUCGACAGCUCGGGAAUCGGGAUGGCGCGAGCUGUCAAGGAGGGAGAUGCGGUUGGAGGCCAGGCGCGGGCGGGGCUGGAGGACGUGCUAAAGCGGCUGGCCUCGGCCUCUGCUUCAGCUUCGCCAUCCCCCGCGCCGGAAGAUGUGAAGCCGCUCAGCAGAAAUAGGAUAGCGUCACGGCACCGUCAUCUUCAAUCCAAGCGUCUAGCGUCAUCCUCCCCCGCCGCACUCGCAGAAAUCCUCGGCAUCUCCCCGUCCGCCAUGCCCAAACUCGAGGACAUCAAGCCUACAGCUGCAGAGCUAUCCCUCCCUUCUUCUUCCUCCCUACCCGAUGUCAAACCCACAGCGGCCGAGCUCGACGCGAAACCCGUCCGAGAAGCCGAGGACAUGGUCAGCACAUCCACCCUAUCCGUCUCUGACUAUUUCCGCCAAAAGAUGCGCGCCAAGGCGAUAGCACGGCAGAUCGCCGCGGGAGAAACGCCAGACCUCGAGCCGGAGGUCCCUAUCGCCUCCAGCUCAAAGCCAACUUCCACCUGGACCGGGACGCGGAUGGCGUUCGAGGCGGACAAUACCCCAUUGUCCUUUUCCGAUGCCCCAGUCUCGCAGGAUGCGCUUGGCGUACCUCUCGACGAUGAGACUGCGCGGAAGGCGGCAAAGGCGGCUAGGAAGGCAGAGAAGGAGGCCAAGAGGGCGGCCAAGGCGGAACGCAAAAAGGCCAAGGGGGAAGAAGGCGGAGUAUCACAGGAUGGUGCAGAGGUGAAGAAGCGAAAGCGGGAAGCGGAGUAA